GGUCACGCUGAUCAUUUUUUUUUUCUUCGAUGCAUUCAUCAUCAUAAUAAUCAUCAUCAUCACCAAAACAUCAAAUUGAGACGUUCUUCUCAGCAGCAAGGUCCAAAAAGUCAGUGCAGUGAAAACGGACGAUCCGAAGAAAAAUACCCCCUUCAUCUCUCUAUACACAUCAUUCAUCAGUAAGAUAAACCUCUCUCUCCAUUUCACCAAUUUCUCUCCUUUUCUUUUCUGGGGUUUUAAGGUUGUCGUAUCUCACAAUCUCCAGGAUCAGCUUGAUCUUAUGUCAAUGAUGAAUUUUUAGAUAAAAUAGGACCCGGAUUCACGGAAAAACCUUAAAGCGGAGAAAAAAGGUAACAGCUUUUUUUUUGUCUCUACGCUAGUGAUUAUGGCGGUUGCUGAGAAUGUUGGGGCGAAAAUCGGUUCUUCGAGUCAAAAUUUGGACAACAGUGUAGUGUCAGCGGACUCGAGUGAGGUUGAGAAAUCGAAAACCAGAGGCGAUCAGAAUCUGAACAACGGUGUGUUCAACCACCAAGAAAGAGUUUCCAGCACCGUGUCAGUUCCUAACAGCAAUUACAACAACUACAAGGCUCAGAUGCACGCAAAUGGAGUGAACAAUGAUGGGUAUGGGAUGAAUGGGGAGAAUGGAGGCGAUAGUUUCAAGCGUGAUAUGAGAGAUUUGGAAGAGCUUUUGUCAAAGCUGAACCCCAUGGCUGAGGAAUUUGUGCCUCCAUCACUGGCCAAUAAUCAUGGCUACUUAACUGGACCUAAUGCUGGCUUUGGUUACGCUAACAAUUUUAUACUGCACAAUAAUUUUGGCAAUACUAAUGGCCAAACUAACAACAGAAGGAGGAAGAAUGGCUAUAGUGCUGGGAAGAGAAGAGUGAAUCAUAAAAUAGACAUGGAGAAAAGAGAAGAGAUGAUUCGGAGGACCGUAUAUGUGUCUGACAUUGAUCAACUGGUUACUGAAGAGCAGCUGGCAGCUCUCUUUCUUAACUGUGGUCAGGUUGUUGAUUGCCGCGUAUGUGGAGAUCCUAAUUCUAUUCUCCGAUUUGCCUUCAUUGAGUUUACUGAUGAAGAUGGUGCGAGGGCUGCUUUGAGCCUGUCUGGUACCAUGCUUGGAUAUUACCCUCUGAGAGUGCUACCUUCAAAAACUGCCAUUGCACCCGUUAAUCCUACAUUUUUGCCAAGGUCUGAAGAUGAAAGGGAGAUGUGCUCGAGAACGAUUUAUUGCACCAACAUCGACAAGAAGCUUACUCAAGCAGAUGUCAAAAACUUCUUUGAAUCUAUUUGUGGAGAGGUUCAACGCUUGAGGCUUCUUGGGGAUUACCAUCAUUCAACUCGAAUUGCAUUUGUUGAGUUUGCACUGGCUGAGAGUGCAAUUGCAGCUCUGAGCUGUAGCGGCGUGAUUUUAGGUUCACUGCCCAUAAGGGUAAGUCCAUCGAAGACGCCAGUCCGAUCUCGCGCGCCUCGGACUUCUAUCCACUGAAUCAUCCUUCAACAUGUUUCCGGGGUUGGUUGGUGCUGAGAGAUAUAUUUACAUCUAUACAUACAUAGAAACAGAUAUGUUCUAAGGUACCGGUGGCGUUUUGUUGAUACUUUUGUCAUUGAGUCUUGCAGUAUGGUAUCUUUGUUUCCUGUUGGGGUUAUGAGUUACGUGUUUAGGUUGUAGAGUUGGAUGACAUUUCGAGGAUCCUGAAGGCUUAAUUUAUGAUGGGUUGAUCAUGAUCUUGAUCUUGCAACCAGAGAAUUUUAUGGUUGGAUGUUCCUAACAUCUGGAAUUUAUUUAAAGAAACAUUUUACAAAACCUUUGUUAGUCACGAGCUGUUUAUUUUGCUCUUUCUUUUGCCGU